ACGUCGCGUUGUUAUUGUUGCUUUGUUUUCUUUAGCGGACAUGCAGUAAGCGGGAAUCUGACAUGAUUUUUUAUUGAUUUUACACGAUAAAUGAAAGCGACAGAGUAAUCUGCGGAAAUCUAGAAAUGAACGCUAUUUCGCAAACCGGAAGUGUAGAAUACCUAAGAACUCUGCGCUUCUGGAAAGCAGUAGAAGAAAAGUACCACCAGAGAAAGCGACAAUGGAUGGAAGCAAAAUCACGUAUGAUUACAGCGAAAUUGGCGUCUAUCAGAGCCCGUAAAGAAAUGGAGCAAGCGAAACGGGAAGGGGGUAAUAUGUUCGAUACUGGACAGGGAGAGGCCCCACAGUCCGAGUACGAGUACGAUGCCAGGGAUGAUGAGUUCUCGGACGUUGAACCCGACAUGUUUAUGGACCCUGCUGAUAGAUACUACAGUAGUUUGGAUGCGGAAUCAUGGAACCAGAUACGAAAUGACAUUAUGAAGGCACAACAACGAGAUGAUGAGCGGAAGAAGAAGUUCAUGCGAAGAGUCCUACUGGCUAUUUUGAUUUUGUUCUGGCUCUUGGUCGGCGGAUUGUACUUAAUUUACAAGGCAAGCACCCAAGCAACAUUAGAAUCGUCCAUCGAGCGCCCAGCAGCGUGUGUCUUCCAGUGUGACAAGAAAACAGUAGUCGAUGAGCUCGUGCAAAUUGUUUUUCCACCAGUAAAUAUUGAUGAAGAGAUUUGAAUGCAACCGAAGACUAACAAACAGACUUAAAAGUGAUAUAGCAAAUAUGUUACAAUCAUUCAUAUUUAAUUGAAAUUUACUUGUAUGUGAUUUAUUGUUAAGAAAUUGAUGUUACUUGUAUUAAAUUUUACUUGCAAA